AUGGCAGCUGCUAAAGCGGCAUCUCAACAGCAGGGGGCAGCAGAGAGCAACAAAUUGAUGCGUUAAAGUACUGCUUUGGUGUAAUUCGAAUUCUUUUUGAAUUUAUAUUUAAUUAUUGGUUUCUAACCAUGGUUCCGUGCGCGGUUAAUGGUAGACAGAUUAUUUAAAUCUCCCGGCUUAGAUAACAAAAAGUAAACUCAGUUCAUUUGUUUGUUUAUUAUUUAGUUGGUGUUUGUAUAAGUAUGGAACGCACCACUGUCCCAUUCUAUUCAGUCGCGAAAAUUCUUCGAGCACGUGAAUGCAACACUGUCCAUUGUCAGCGUGAAAUGUUUACGCCAUAGACCUGAAUAAUAACCGCGGACUCGCUGAGGGAAAGUAGGGGGAAUUAAGAGCGAAAUGUUUGAAGAAGUGUGAUUUUUAGAUGGCUGUUUGUUUGUAAGGUGACUAAAGUUUAGCGAAGUUUGUUUAUUUGAGUUACAGACUUCCGGAGUCCUUUCGGAGCUAGCUGACUGACGCCGCCCGGGAUGCACAAACGUCGCAUUGUUACUGAAUUAUUGUGACGCAUUCAGGGACAUUCGCUUUACCUCUCCAAGUCCCAGCUACUCGUUUAGUGAGAUUAUGAUGGCUCAGCUUCAUCCACCUGCAGAAAACCGUCUGUAAGCAGACCGGGCGGACGGGAAACGCUAAACCGUCAUGGGGACGCGCUGGUCCCGGAGCGGCAGCAACCUGCCGCUUCUCCCCGACACGCAGACCUCCGAGCGGCGACCAGAAGAUGGAGACUCCGCUAACGAGUCUCUGGACGGUCUGGACAGGAGGGAGGACAUCGCUCAGUUCCCGUACGUGGAGUUCACCGGCAGGGACAGCGUGACGUGUCCAACGUGUCAGGGGACAGGACGCAUUCCUUCAGAACAAGUGAACGAGCUAGUUGCACUCAUCCCGUACAGCGACCAAAGGCUGCAGCCACAACGCACGAAGCUGUACGUGGUCCUGUCAGUCGUGGUCUGCCUCCUGGCCUCGUCGCUGGUCGCCUUCUUCCUCUUCCCUCGGUCGGUGGUGGUGGAGGACGCUGGGUUACGCUCGGUGACCGUGUGGUUCGACCACGCCAACGCCAAGGUCCUGAUAAACCUGACCAGCACGCUAAACUUCAGCAACCCGAACUUCUUCUCCGUUCUGGUGCAGAGCGUGAGCUGCCAGGUCCUCUACAUGAAGACGGUGAUCGGGACUCGGCAGCUGGACAGGGCCACCACCAUCCUGCCGCUCGGCCAGAGCCAGGUGAACUACACUGUCAGCACGGAGAUCGGCAGCAGCGCUCCGUAUGUCUACGCCUUCUGCACAUUACCCGCCAUCAAGGUCCACAACAUCGUUGUACUUAUGCAAACCACGGUGAAAACUUCCUACAUGGUGCGAACGUCCCAGAACAGCCUGGAGGCGUAUCGCUACAUAGACUGUGGAUCCAACACCACGUACCCCCGGAGGGGCAAACAAAGUCUCCCACGGUUCUGAUCCCUCCUGAAACUGGUGCCUGACAGGUGUGGGGUUUUUAUUCUGUCCGUUACAAAGAAGCUACAUCGUUUCACCGCCUGCAGCAGCUAAAUGCUUAAAAACAAAAACACAACUCAAACAUGAGAAAUGGACAAGUUCAGCUUGGCUUUUAUCACCUGUUUAUCAUUAUUAGAGUUGGAUUUUCAUCGGUUUACUCUCGUUCACUCAUGUUGUUGACAACGAAGAGGCAAAUUUAACAUUUUUCUGCCACUGAGCUCAGUUCAGAUUCACAAUAAGCUCCUUUCAUUCAGGAAAAAUGACUUAAAUUCUCAGACAUGAGUAACAUUUGCACUACAACUGGUUCUGUUUCUGCUGAUGUAAAAUAUCAAAACGUUAUAAAUGCAGCUAACUUAAAAGAUAUGGAAGAAAAGAGGGAUUGCUGUUUCUGCUUUAAAAUGAGAUAUUUUUUUUCUUCUUUUGCUGGCUGUCAGUUUUACAGUUAAAAGAUUUUUAACAGAAUAAUUUAAUUGAACAAUAAAGUUUUUAUAGAUGAAAA